ACAACUCAAGAUAUGUUCUGCCUCCUAUUUUUUUCCAUAGCUGUUAUGGGAUGGCAUGGAUUGAGACCAAGUCACCCAGUCACCUUCCAUGCAUAAAGGAGGAUGAGGGGGGUCACAAUCUCCUGAUUUCUAAUUUUAAACCAUAUACUGUCCAAUAUGGAAUUAAAGAGUUAAUGAAAUAGUGAUGAUUUUCUAAACUGUGGUCCUUGUCAUACUUGCUGACUUCCAAAUCUAAAUGGAUGGAGUGAUAUGAGAUGUGGAAAUUAUUAAACCUGUUAAAAGCACUUCAUAUUUAUUUAAUGUGGAUAUAGCAGGAGAUAAAGGAAUAUGAUGGAUAAACAUUUAUAUUUGCUGACUCAAUCUAAAUUAUUGGCAGCAAUACAAACACCAUAUAUUGUUAUCUUUUAUAAAGACAGAGACACUAAGGCAGGGGAAUAUAAAUCAUAGCAAAUGUUAGAUAAAUAUUUGUGAUUAAUUUAAUUCCCAAUUCUCUCCUUUCUUCUUAUUACAUGAAGAAAUACAAUUCCCUUUUAUAAAUAAUUUUCCCAUCAUUUCUGCGAUUUGGAUUAUACUAUUCAGGAUAAUUUUAAUCUGUGAAAAUGUAUUUUGACUUUUCUUUCAGUUAACAUGACUUCAAUCAGGGAUAUGACUAAAUCUGCAUUCAUUUUAUAUGCUGUCUGUUUCUUCAUAAAUUCUGAUGGAAAAGCUGUGAUGAAGAGGUCUGUAAGUGAAGUACAGAUAAUGCAUGACUUGGGGGAACAUCUACAUUCAGCAGACCGGCAAAACUGGCUCCUUGAGAAACUGCAAACUGUGCAUCAUGAACCUGAGGCUAUUGAAGAAACUAAGCCCCGAGAAGCGAGGAGUUGGAGACUGCGUCCUGAUCAUGUGAAGCCGAAGAUGCAAAAGAAACCAAAGGAUUGGAACAAAGGUUAUAAAGAUACCACCUUCAAAACCAAGCUGCAGUGAAAGUAUCAUAGCUUUUCUUUCCAAUUCAGUAGUAAUGAGCAAUUAGGGAAUUUUAUUAUUUAUUAUUUAUAAAACAAGGAUGUCUAAGAGGAUAUCUGCAUAAUGUCACCUGUUGAAAAGUGGAUGUACUUAUUUUGUGCAUUUUUUUCCCAUUGCCUAUUGUCAGUGGAUCCCAUGUCUUACACUGUUUCUUCAGUUGUCCCUGUAGCUUACAAGAUGAAUUGUGAGAUCACAUUGAGUAAUCUACAUUACUAACUAUUGGGGUUUCCAAAGGCUAAAUGAGAAAGGCCUUUUCCUGGUGAUAUGUUUUUUUUAUUGAUUUGGAUGCUUCAUUUCCAGAUUUAGCACAUUAACAUAUCACACUAACAAAGGAAUGCAUUGAUCCUGAUAAUUCUAUUUAGGUUACUUUCCAGAAGAUGACAAUGCAAGAAAGAUAUGCAGUAGCAACAACUGGGGCCUUGUCCUUGGAGAAUCAUGCCUUAAUCAUUUUUUAAAAUCCUAACACAAUGAAAAUAAUUUAAGGGUUAGGUUCAAAUGCCUAUUUUAUCUCAAGGGAACAUGUUAUUUCAUAACAUUGAAACCUGAAACACCACUUGGAUAUGGAGGAACAUGCAGUUGUACAUGCAUAUCUCUUCAUACUUUUACAAUAUAUAGCUAUUUCAACAAUGGCAUGAUUGGAUAGUAGCCCCUAAUCAUUCAAACAACCAAUUGCACAACCCUAUAAAAGAACUUUCAAGUUACAUGAAUCUGAAGUGAAUCUGAAAUUUUGGUAAUUUAUGUAGAAACCUAUUUUGAAGUUGUGAAUCUACACGUAAUUUUUUGGUCACAGAAUUUAGUGGAACUAACAGUAUGGAUAAUAAAGAUGGUAUGGAUGGGCUCAAGCACACAAGGAGCCAUAAAACACACUAGUCACUGCAUUUAUUCCAGAUGAACUAGGCUAGCUUUUUAAAAUAUGAGUAUUAUACUCUCUAUUGAUUUACCCAAUAUGGUCUCUAUAUUCCUUUCUCUUAGAUUUUCAUUUCAGACAUUCUGCAAAAGUUGGUUAAUAAAUAAUAAAUAAUAUAAAAUAUGUUCACCAUUUUAGUCUAGAAGUGAAUAAUCUGAUAAUCAUUUUACUGCAUCUGCAACUGAUGUUCUGGCUUCUUAAAAGCCUCUGGCAAAGUUUUUAACUGAGUCAGAAUAUUCUAUUGUACUUUAAGUGACUUGAUCUGACAACAAGGAAUUGUAAUAAUGACCCUUGAAUCUGCAGAAAUCUACAUCGCAUUCAGUAGUAUUCCAUGGGAACAGGGUUCAGAUGUGACAUAUUGUGUGUUUAUGGAAGCAAGACUUUAAAAAUGCACCUUUUAUUUAUUCUUUUGUUGUAUGUUCACAUCUACUUUACACAAAUUCAAUUUAGUUCCUUUAUAACUGUAUCUUGCUAAUGCCUUAUCAAAUAAAUGGACCAAAAGCUGUUGGACAGUAGUAGUUAAAAA